AUGGUCAAUCGGCGGCUUAGGGAAAAACUGGAAGCGGACGGAAGGUUAGGCCAUCGUCAACACGCUUUCCGCCCAGGAUAUGGCACCAGCACCUAUUUUGCCAACCUGGGUAGUGUGCUCCAAGAGGCGUACGAGGAAGGCAAGCAUGUUGACCUAGUGUCACUUGACAUCGCCAAAGCUUUCAGCCGGACCUGGACCCCUUUGGUCCUCAGAAAGCUACAAGACUGGGGGAUCACUGGCAACAUGCUUGCAUUCAUCAAAAACUUCCUCUCUCGACGAACCUUCCAGGUGCUCAUCGGGGGCACUGCAUCCAACGAGUAUCCCGAAGAAACCGGCGUCCCCCAAGGGUCGGUCCUAGCGGUAACAUUAUUCCUUAUCGCUAUGGACGGGGUUUUCAACUCUCUGCCUGCAAAUGUCUACGUAUUUGUAUACGCAGACGACAUCCUGUUGGUUGUCGUUGGAAGUACACCGGAAGAACCAGAAUUAGACGCCCAGCGGCAGUUAUCACCAUUCUUCGGUGGGCUUCUUCCGUCGGUUUUGUACUCAACGCCGGUAAAUGUGUCCGGGGACACGUGUGCAGCAGGCGGCACCAGCUAG